GGCUUCGUAUGACGAAAGGCCCUGCAUACAGUUUAGCGCAAUCGCGGAGAAACAUCGUUCCUGACUCCGAAAUAUUUUCUGUAUCGCGGACCCCGAUUAUGAGAAAACUGAGCAGGGACUUCUUUCUAAGUUCAUACGCGCUGAUUCACCACCGUCACAAUGGGCAAACGAAAGGCAGAAUCCGAGGUCGCAUCCGUCAAGGAUACGGGUGCGAAGAAGAUUAAGCAAGAAAUCGCCAAGCAACCGAAGGUUGAAGCAAAGCAGAAUCUUCUGGAUAGCGAUUCCAGCGGGGAUGAGGAAUCCGACUCUGGCGGCGUGCCUCUAGAAGCGGAGUUCACUGUCAAUAAAGAAUAUGCGAGACGCUUCGAAUACAAUAAAAAGAGAGAAGAACUGGCAAAGCUUGAGGAAAAGUACCAAAAGGACAAGGCGAAGCCGGUCAAGGGCCAGUACGGAGACAAAUACGAUGAGGAGGAGGACAGUUCAUCUGACGAGGAUGAGGAUGACGAAGGUUUCCUUGCCACCGAAGAUUUGGACGCCGAAAUCUCAGCCACUCUCCAAGCUAUUCGCAACAAGGACCCCAGAGUUUACGACGAGAAGGUUACAUUCUAUACGCCAAUCGACGAGACUGCACAGGAUGGGCCGAAUGAGAAGGCUGAGAAGCCAGUAUAUCUGAGAGAUUACCACCGUGAGAAUCUGCUGAAGCAGGCUGCGAAUGGUGAUGCCGGUGAUGUGGAGAUGGAUGAUGCGCCACUCCCUACAUUCAACCAAGAGCAAGCGAUGCUUAAGAAGUCCAUCGUCAAGGCGAUGCACGAAGCUGGAUCGGAUGAGGGCGAGGACGAAGAUGAAGACUUUUUGGUCCCGAAAGCGAAGCCAGCAGCGGCUCCCAAGUCAGAAGUACACGAGUCCCGCCGACACAAGAUUAAGCUAGACACCGUAGGUGCCGACAAAGACCCAGAGACCUUCCUCUCGAAUUUCCUGGCUGCUAGAGCGUGGGUUCCAGGAGAAGGAACAAAAUGGGAGCCCUUGGAGUCAGAUGACGACGAAGACGACCAGCGUGCCGAUAAGUUUGAGACGGCUUUCAACCUGCGAUUCGAGGAUCCAAAAGCCAGCAACGAGGUUCUCAAGUCUUUUGCCCGUGACAUAAUUGCGGAGAAGUCGGUGAGGAGGGAAGAGCCCAAGGCCAGGAAGAGGGCGAGAGACCUGGAGCGCGAGAAGCGAGAUGCAGAGAAGCUGAAGCGCGAGGACGAGAAGGCACGCCUGAGGAAGCUGCAGAUCGAUCAGAUGGAGGAGAAGCUAGCAAAGAUCAAGAAGGCAGCAGGUGUCAGUGGCAAGACUCUCAAGAGCGAGGAGUGGACAAAGUUCUUGGGCGAAGGCUUUGACGAUGCUACUUGGGAAGCGGAGAUGAACAAGAAAUUCGGAGAAGAUUACUACGCUGAAGGGGAGGCCGGAUCAGACGACGACAGUGAGGAUGGUGAAGGUGGCGCUUCUAAGAAGAAGAAGAAGGUCAAGAAGCCUAAGUGGGACGAUGAUAUCGAUAUCAACGAUAUCAUCCCUGAAUUCGUGGAUGACGAAGAGGCUGUUGAAGGGGAAGGCUUCAAGUUAUCUGACGACGAGGACAAUGACGAAGACGAAGAUGAGGAAAGCGGACCAGCCAAGAAGGGCAAGACAAGCAAAGACCGCAAGGCAGACCUGCAGGCAAAGAAGAAGGCCGGCCGCAUCGAGCGCAAGAAGAUCGAAGAGCUUGUCGACGCCAAGCUUGACAUUGACCAUGCAAUCCUCCCCACGAAGUCAAAGACAGCAUCGACCUUCCGUUACCGCGAGACUUCACCCACAUCUUUCGGUCUCACAGCGAGAGACAUUCUCAUGGCGCCAGACAACUCCCUGAACCAGUUCGUCGGCUUGAAGAGAAUGGCUACUUUCAGAGACGCAGAGAAGAAGAGGAAGGAUAAGAAGAGGCUCGGCAAGAAGGCUAGGCUGCGUGAGUGGCGUAAGGAGACAUUCGGCAACGAGGAUGGUCCAGAGAUCAUUAUUGCGCCCCAGGAUGCUGAGGCCAAGGAUGUGACGGACGAUGUAGACAUUAUUGAGGGCAAGAAGAAGAAGAGGAGGUCGCGGAAGAGCAAGGCUGCAGAUGAGGAGAUUUAGUUUGAUAUCAGUAUGAGUACGAAUAUGAGUAUAUGAAUCAAUUCAAG